AUGAAUCACACUUCCCAAACCUUCUUCACUCGCGGCAACACCGGCCCUCUCCCAAACUAUGAGAUGCUCAGGGAAGAGCAUGAGGUGCGUGUGCUGGGGGCGCCCCCACCUGCGGCUCCAGUGGCGCCCACCGUGAUCAACAUCCACAGCGAGACCUCGGUCCCCAACCAUGUGGUCUGGUCCCUGUUCAACACCAUCUUCAUGAACUGGUGCUGCCUGGGUUUCAUCACGCUCGUCUACUCAUUGAAGUCUAGGAACAGGAAGAUGACGGGCGACGUGAUCGGGGCCCAGGCCUAUGCCUCCACCACCGAGUGUCUGAACAUCUGCACCCUGGUCCUUGGCAUCCUAAUGGUCACUGCCAUCAUCAUUUGUUUUAUUAUCAAACCAGCGAUAAUCCACCAAAUGAUUUCAGAGAUGAAAAAAUAUUUUGAAGGCUUCCAGUAG